UUAGUUCGGAGAAAAUCAUAUUUUAGAGGAAAAUGUAGAAAACGGUCGUGAUUGUUGUAGUACCAUCAGCCAUGCCAACCUCUGUAUCUUUCUCUCUCUCUCUCUCUUCCUCUGUUUCUCCCUCUUCUGUUUUCAUGGCGGAUCUCCAACAGUCUUCAGCUGCCUUUUCUUCAUGAUUUGUGAUUUUUGAAAUAUGGGGACUAGGAAGCAGGCUUCGUCCUCCCCAAAUUGUGUUCUUGAGGACUACCUGAGCAGGUUAGAAUCAGAGACAAGUUCUUCCAAAGAAGGCACCUCCGGCUCUGGAAGUUCACAAAAUACCAAACCCACUUGGCGUGGAUUAAUCCAAUUGCUUAGAACUCAAUCAAAGAGACGAUUAGCAACAUUGGAUCCUCGCAAUGUGUGGAAGUACUCAGUGAGAAAAUGCAGAAGCAUGAGAUUCAGCAAUGGCGUGGGGCGGAAUCUUGAUGGUGAGACUGUCUCAUAUUCAAGGUCUGGGUGGAAGAACUUCACCCUCUCUGAACUUCAGCGUGCCACCAAGAAUUUCAGCCAUGAAAAUCUAAUUGGAAAGGGUGGAUAUGCUGAAGUAUAUAAAGGGUGUCUGCAGGAUGGGCAGCUUGUAGCAGUCAAGAGGCUUGUGAGAGGAAAGCCAGAAGAGAGAACAGGGAAUUUCCUCUCUGAGCUUGGGAUUAUGGCUCAUGUCAACCAUCCCAACACUGCUAAACUCAUUGGUUAUGGGGUUGAAGGAGGACUGCACCUUGUUCUUGAGUUGUCUCCACAUGGCAGCUUAGCUUCUUUACUUCAUGGUGGUAGGGUGAAAUUGAAAUGGAGUAUGAGGUAUCAAGUGGCAUUAGGGAUUGCAGAGGGUCUACUCUACCUUCAUGAGGGUUGUCAAAGGAGAUUCAUCCAUAGAGACAUCAAAGCUUCAAAUAUCUUGCUCACAGAGGACUUUCAGCCUCAGAUUUGUGAUUUUGGACUCGCCAAAUGGCUACCAGAGCAAUGGACUCACCACACUAUAUCAAGCUUUGAAGGCACAUUCGGCUACCUUGCUCCUGAGUACUUAAUGCAUGGAAUAGUGGAUGAAAAAACCGAUGUUUAUGCCUUCGGUGUCUUGCUACUGGAGCUGAUCACCGGCCGCCGAGCUCUGGAAUGCUCGCAGCGAAGCCUUGUCACCUGGGCCAAACCCCUGCUAAAAAAGAAUGACAUUCAAGAGCUUGUAGACCCUUUUCUAGCCGAUGAUCAAUACAAUUCUCGACAAAUGAAGACUCAGAUUCAGGAGCUUGUCGACCCUUUUCUGGCUGAUGAUCACUACAAUUCUCAGCAAAUGAACCUUCUGGUAUUGUCUGCUUCUUUGUGUAUACAGAGGUCUUCAAUUCUACGGCCACAAAUGAGACAGGUUGUGGAGAUUCUGAAGGGCAAUUUUAGCAGCUUGGAGGGCUUGAAAAAGCGGGAGGAAUUCUUCCGAAAGGCCCUCUGCAAAGAGCUGUUUCUUGCAGAUAAGAUACAACACAGCUGAAGGGUUGGAAAAGGGUCAAGUUUUCAUAUGCUGUGGAAUAUAGUGUUGUGAUCCCUAUUGUACAGAGAGAUUCAUAGAUGUAGAGGAGAGGAGGACAUUGUAGAAAAUUUUGAUUCAUUGUUAUUACCAAAAAUAAUUUUUGAAAGGAAGUGUAAUUUUAAGAGAGAAUUAUUUGUGACAUUGCCUUAUAUUUGGAGAAAAACCUACCAAUGAAGUUUGAGUAAAAAUUAUUAACAUCGACUUCAAAAAAA